AAUUAAAAAAAAUUGUUUUUCUUGUUUUUUUCUUGCUGUGAAAUGCCAAGGGAGGUUCCAAUGUAGAAGUCAAACACCGUCGGAGGGAGCAAAGAGCUCUCUUCCUCUGUUUCAAUGGCUAAUUCGGCGCUGCUGUUCUACUACUAUUCUCAACGACGUCGUUCAGCCUCUUUCAGAGGCUUUUUCUUCCUACCCACAACCUUAGCUCUCGUUACCUCUCUUUUCAUUAUCUUUUACAUUUCUUCCACUUCCAAUCUCAUCACUCAUCCACAUCAAAUCACUCUUCAACUUAAACCUCCAUCUGGGUUUUUGAAUAUCUCUGCUCCUACCCACCAAUUCAUCUCAACAACCCCGUUUGGGAAUUCUUCCACAAAACCCUUUGAAGCUAUGAAGGAUCAAAGAACUGAGAGUCAACGGUCUUCAAGACCUCAAUUGGGCUCAAAUGGAAACUAUGUCAAUAAGGAGGUGUUCCAUGAUACACAUAUCUUUCUGGAAGACUAUAAAGAAAUGAAAAGGAGCUUUAAGAUAUAUGUUUAUCCUCACAGGCGGAAUGAUCCCUUUGCAAAUGCACUAUUGCCGGUGGAUUUUGAACCUGGGGGUAAUUAUGCCAGUGAAAGUUACUUUAAGAAAGUCCUGAUGAAAAGCCAAUUCAUCACGAAGAACCCAAAUGAGGCAGAUCUUUUCUUUUUGCCUUUCUCAAUUGCAAGGUUGCGGCAUGAUCCUAGGGUUGGUGUUGGAGGUAUUCAAGAUUUUGUCAGAGAUUACAUCUUCAAUAUUAGUCAAAAGUAUCCAUAUUGGAACCGGACUGGUGGGGCUGAUCAUUUUUAUGUUGCUUGUCAUUCGAUUGGACGGUCAGCAAUGGAGAAAGCAAGUGAAGUAAAAUUUAAUGCCAUUCAAGUUGUUUGCUCUUCGAGCUAUUUCCUACCUGGGUACAUUUCUCACAAGGAUGCCUGUCUGCCCCAAAUCUGGCCAAGAGAGGGAGAGCCCCCUAAUCUUCUAUCAUCAAAGAGGACAAAACUUGCAUUCUUUGCUGGAGGAAUUAAUUCCCCUGUGCGCGAAAAGCUUCUUGAGGUUUGGGGAAAUGACACCGAGAUCUUUGCCCACUUUGGCCGGCUCAAGACACCAUAUGCUGAUGAGCUGCUUGGAAGCAAGUUCUGCCUCCAUGUUAAAGGUUUUGAAGUAAACACAGCUCGAAUAGCAGACUCAUUAUACUAUGGUUGUGUCCCAGUAAUAAUCGCCAACUACUACGAUCUACCAUUUGCAGAUAUACUCAACUGGGGGAGCUUCUCAGUUAUUGUUGCUACUCUAGAUAUACCAUUGCUUAAGAAAACACUUAAAGCAAUCAGCUCAGAUGAAUAUUUGUUGUUACAGAGCAAUGUGCUCAAGGUUCGCAAACACUUCCGGUGGCAGCUACCUUCUGUUGAUUAUGAUGCGUUUUACAUGGUAAUGUAUGAGAUGUGGCUGCGCCGAAGUUCGUUGAGAGCUCCUUUAAGUGUUUCCAAGGAUUUUUAGCUCAAAAAAUUUUGUUAUAUGAUUAUGUGAUUCAAAAAUGGAAACAUGUAUUUGAUUCUUAUAGUUUGAUUCUUUUUCUCCUAAAUUAUGUUGCAAAGAGAUAGAUUAGAUCUGCUUGACUUUGUAUACCAAUUUUUCUAAUCAAGUAGCAAAAUCAUAGUGCAUUACUAGUGUAUCUAUUGGUUCUGGAAA